UUGAUUUGGUUGAUUGGUACCCCAUGGCGGGUUCUCGCUGCUGCUGGCGCCCCCUGGGGUGCCUGCUGGUGGUGCUCCUGACGUGCGGCGUGCUCCCGCAGCGUGACGCCGCGGUGCUGGGGAUAGACUAUGGUGCAGAGUGGCUCAAGAUGGUGGUGGUCAAGUCGGGGAAGCCCAUGAUCUCGACAGUCAUCAACGAGAUGAGCAAGCGCAAGGCGCCCGCUAUGGUGGCCUUCAGUAACGGGGAGCGCCUGCUGGGAGAGGAGGCGGCCGCCAUAGUUGGCAGGUACCCUGAGCGUGUGUACCAGCGCGUGCGCGACUUGCUGGGGGUGGCCCUGCCUGAGGCGCGCGCGCUGCUGGCGGGGCGCUACCUGGCGUACGACCUGGUGGAGGACGCGGAGCGGCGCACGGUGCGCAUCCGCACGCACGACGGCAGUGCGGAGUACGGCGCGGAGGAGCUGGCGGCCAUGGUGCUGCGCUACGCGGCGGAGCUGGCGCGCGCCCACAGCAAGGCGCCCAUCCGCGAUUGCGUGCUCACGGUGCCGCCCUUCUGGGGGCAGCGCCAGCGGCAGGCCCUGCUGGACGCUGCGCACAUCGCAGGGCUCAAGGUGAUGGCCCUGCUCACGGAGCCGAGCGCUGCGGCGCUGCAGUACGGCAUCGACCGCAAGUUUGAGAACGCGACGCAGCUGGUGCUGCUGUACGACGUGGGCGCCGCGGCCACGCGUGCCACGCUCCUGCGCUUCUCCGCGUACGCAGGCAAGGACCGCGGCCGCAGCGCUGUCAUUGGGCAGGCGCACACGCUGGGCGUGCGCUGGGACCCGGACCUGGGGGGCCAGGCCAUGGAGGCGCGCCUGGCAGAGCACUUUGCGGACGAGUUCAACCAGCAGGUCGGGGGCGGCACAGACGUGCGCGCGUCCCCCAAAGCGAUGGCCAAGCUGCUCAAGGCGGUGCGCAAGACCAAGGAGGUCCUCAGCGCCAACAGCGAGGCGCCCAUCUCCGUCGAGUCCCUGCUGGACGACCACGACUUCCGGUCGUCCAUCACGCGGCGCCUGUUUGAGCAGCUGUGCGCCGAUGUGUGGACGCGCGCGUUGGCUCCGCUGCGCGAUGUGCUCGCUGAGGCUAACAUCACGGCAGCGGACCUCGACGCGCUGGAGGUCAUCGGGGGCGCCACCCGCGUGCCGCGCCUGCAGGCCGCCCUCACAGACUUCCUGGGCGACGUUCGCGGCGUGGACCGGCACCUGGACGCGGAUGAGGCGGUGGCGCACGGGGCCGGGCUGCACGCGGCCAACCUGAGCGACGGCUUCAAGCUGCGCCCCUUUGGCGUCAACGACGGGCUGCCCUACGGCCUGGUGUACCGCCUCGACGGCGCGCGCGGCAGCGAGGACGCGUCCGAGGAGGGGGCCGAGGCCGCCGCACCAGGCGCGCCGCGCAGCCUCUUCCCGCCGCUGCGCAAGCUGCCCACCAGGAUCAUCCGGUCGCUCAAGGCGCAGGAGGACGACUUCGGAGUGGCGCUGGCGUACGACCCCGCAGGGCCGCUCCCCGCCGGCAUGCCCAGCCUGGACGUGGCGCAGUACGCGGUGCGCGGGGUCGCGGCCGCCACCGCCAAGUACCGCGCCAACGCUACCGCCCCGCUCAAGGUGGCCCUCCACUUCUCGCUAAGCCGCGCGGGCGUGGCGGCGCUGGACAAGGCGGAGCUGGUGGUGGAGACGCUGGAGGCGCUGCCGGCGCCGGCCCCCCCGCCCAACGCAAGUGUCAACGUGACCGGCAACGCGAGCAGCGCCAACCAGAGCGUGCCGCAGGGGGAUGCAGCCGCCGGCGAGGGGGCCGAGGGCGCAGCUACGGGCAACGGCACAGAGGCGGGCCGGCCGGCGGUGAAGCACAGGAAGCGGACGCUCAGGAUCCCCCUCGAGGUGGCGGACGUGAGCCCGGCGUCGCUGCGGGGCAUGGAGCCCGCAGAUCUGGCGGCCGCAGCAGCGCGGCACGAGGAGCUGCGCGCGCGCGACCAGGAGAAGCACGCCACCGCGGAGGCCAAGAACAGCCUGGAGGCGUACAUCCUGCAGACCAGGACCAACCUGGCGGAGGAGGAGGGCGUGGCCGGCGUGUCCACUGCGGCGGAGCGCGGCGAGCUCGAGGCGGAGCUGGCGGCGGCGGAGGAGUGGCUGUACGGGGAGGGGGCCGACGGCGCCGCCCCCGCCUUCCAGGACCGCCACACAGCGCUGCGCCGGCAGGGCGACCGCAUCUUCUUCCGCCUUCAAGAGCAGCGACACCGUCCCCAGAUCGUGGCGCGCGCCCAUGCCCUGGUGGCGCGCGCGCGGCGGGACGUGGCGGCCUGGCGCGAGAGCCGGCCAUGGGUGGGCGACGCGGAGCUGGCGGGCCUGCUGGCGGCGGUGGGCGAGUUCGAGGAGUGGGUGGCGCAGCAGGAGGCCGCGCAGGCGGGCCGCCGGCCGGAGGAGGACCCCGCCUUCGCGUGCGCCGACGUGGACAGCCGCGCCAGCGCACUGCUGAAAAAGAUCCGGAAGGUGGAAGCCAUCCCCAAGCCGAAGCCGAAGCCGAAGCCGAAAGUGAACGUGACGACUUCCGGCGACGACUCGACCGUCAGCAACGAGACGAGCCAGGAGGCGGGUGCGCCAGAGACGGAGGAGGCCGCCAGCGAGGAGCUGGGCCCCGACGAGGGCGCAGGUGGCGAGGAGGGAGGGGAAGAAGAGGACGCGGGGGCGAAGAAGGGCGCGAGCAAUGACGACAGCGGAGGGCUCGAGGACGAGGAGAGCAGGAGCGGCCACGAUGAACUGUAACGCAGAGUCUUGACAUGGCAGAUACUCCUGAUUUUGCUAACCGCCCAUUGGUUGGAAGCCGAUUUCUCGUUACAUUGAUUUUCCAGAAAAGAGCUUGAUUCCACGAGGACGAUUUGUUCCGACUUCAAUGCUGUUGUUGGGCCACUCUGAUCAGCAUCGUUGAAAUGAUGGUCAAUGGGGAAACGCCUGAUGUUGCCAUAGAUACCAGCUGCUUUUGCACAUGUUUUCCAAGCGGGGCUCUUGUAAGACAUGAAUUCAACGUCGUAUCCAUG